UCAUCCUUGGCGCCUCCUGCUCAUGGCUGAUCCUUUCGCUUCACAGCUGGAGUGCCUCCUGGUGGGAUGAGCUUUGUUCCCCAUUGCAUUCCUGAUGUGAUUGAAGCCAUAAACGAGACGGACAACAGUGUUUCCUCAGCAGUUGUGUCUCUGCUGCUGUUGCUGAUGGGAAACUUUGGGAAACAGGAGAAAAGAUGAAUGCAGGUGAAGUCUGAGCGGGUCAUCUUCUCAUGUUGGGUCUCUGGAGUUGAACCCUCUGCCACGGUCCUGGCACGAGGGGGUUUUGCUGUCCUGGGGUGGGGGAGGAGAGGUUUUGUUCCAAAUCCUGCAUCCAUACUUGCAUUCUGUCCCCAACAGCUCUAGGAGCCACAGAAUCAUAGAAUGGUUUGGGUUGGAAAGGACCUUAAAAAUCAUCCAGUCCCCUGUCCCUGUCAGGAGCAGGGACACCUCCCACUUGAUCAGGUUGCUCAAAGCCCCAUCUGACCUGGCCUCCUAAACCAUUUCCCAAAGCACCACAGGACUGUCUUAUGUUGCUUUUUCCUUCCACUUCCCUCAUUUGCCGUGUUUUGAGGAACAAGGGACCUCAUAAUACCUGAAGGGGCUACAGGAAAGCUGGAGAGGGACUGUUUACAAAGGCUUGUGGUGAUAGGACGAGAGGCAAUGGGGAUAAACAGGGGAGAGGUAGAUUUAGACUGGCCAUAAGGAGGAAUUUCUUCACAGUGAGGAUUUCAAUACAGUCUGGGGGACAAUGUGAUUGCGAGCAGUUCUGCGGAGAAGGACUUGGGGUGCUGGUGGGUGAGAAGCUCGACAUGAGCCAGCAACAUGCAGUUACAGCCCUGAAGGCCAAUGGUACCCUGGGCCGCAUCAAAAGGAGUGUGGCCAGCAAGGCAACGGAGGUGAUUCUGCCCCUCUACUCGGCUCUUAUGAGACCCCAGUUGGAGUCCUGUGUUCGGUUCCCAACAGAAGAAGGAUAUGGAACUGUUGGGAUGGGUCCAGAGAAGGCUAGGGAGAUGAUCAGAGGGCUGGAGCACCUCUGCUACGAGGCCAGGCUGAGAGAGUUGGGGUUGUUCAGCCUGGAGAAGAGAAGGCUCCAGGGAGAACUUAGAGCAACUUACAGUACCUGAAGGGGUUCCAGGAAAGCUGGGGGGGCUCUUGACCAGGGAGUGCAGGGAUAGAAUGAGAGGAGAGUGGUUUUAAGCUGAAAGAGGGGACAUUGAGAUGAGAUCUUGGGAAGAAAUGUUCUUCUGUGAGAGUGGGGAGGCCCUGGCCCAGGUUGCCCAGAGAAGCCGUGGCUGUCCCAUCCCUGGAGAUGUUCAAGGCCAGGUCUGGAUGGGCCUUGAGCAGCCUGAUCCAGUGGGAGGCGUCCCUGCCCAUGGCAGGGGGUUUGGAACUGGAUGAUCUUUGAGGUGCCUUCCAACCCAAACUAUUCUAUGAUUCUCUGUUAGAGAACAGCCUCCCUGAGGAGCUCAGGAAGUACUUUUAACACCGCUUUGUUGUGCUGAUGUGGAGGAAAAGGAGGAGGAAACUGCAUAAUGAAACCAACUGAUCUUUGGAUCCUCCUCGACCAAGUUGGUCCAUCGUGUCUGUGGCUGCUGUAAACGUGAUAAAGGAGUUUAUCAUCCACAGCGCGGUGUCACAAUAAAGUAAAAGUGAAACCGCACGAGUGGUGGUUGCCAAUAAUUCUCCUGUCGGAAGGAAGCCCAUCCCGUGCUUGUGGGUUGGUGUUUUGUCCCGUCAACGGAAGAGAAGAUCUCCCACAGGUUUCAACAGUGAAGCGAUUUAAAAAAACACACCUCACAGCCACUGACUGCGAAGCUCUGGCGCAGAGCCCAGAAGGUUCGUCCUCCCUGACGCAACCAUUGAGUCAAAGACGAAGUAGAGGAGAUGUAAACAGGGGCCUCCAUCCCACCCACUGGACACGGAGACAUCCAGGAGGCCAAGGUCAGCAGAAGAGCAUCACAGAUUACUUCAGGAUCUCUGAGACACGAGUAGGUGCUGGUGGGAUGAAGAACAGUGGAUUCAAAGAAGAGCUACUGGAUCUCAUCUUUGCUGAAUCUGACGAUUCCUUCAGCACCGUGAUGGAGAUGAGUGGUGAAUCCCGCUCUUUUCUGACGGGUGAGGACCUUCUAUCAACUCCCAGGGAAAGCUCCAGGAAACGGCAUUUGUCCACUGCAAGUGUUCACAAGCAAGAGCACGAUUUGUGGAGUGAGCCUGAGAAGAAGACAAUGUUGGUUCACCCAGAACACAUCCAGAUCAAGCAGGAACUUGAUGAUAUGGAUAUUGAACCAGUCCCUGAUGCCCACUAUGGACUCCUGGGGACUCGGAACUGGGAAGUGCCUCAGGGAAGCAUUGACGAGCUGCCUAUUGAAGUCCUGAGGCACAUCUUUGCUUUCCUACCAGUGACGGACCUGUAUCAGAACCUGAGCCUGGUGUGUCGCUGCUGGAGAGAGAUUGUUGUUGAUCCUCUGUUCAUUCCUUGGAAGAAGCUCUACCAUCAGUACCUUAUGAAGGAGGACGCGGCCCUGCACAGAGUUGAACAGGUCUUGCAGGACUUUGCCAUAACAAAGGAGCAGGAAGCAUGUGUGUUGGGGCUGAUCAGGUGCGUGUCUGCCAUACCCACUGCCCCAAAGGUGGAUCCCAGUGUGGUUCUUCGGUGUUUGAAGAGUCAUCACCUCUUCCCAAAGGCUGAAGUCUGCAUCGCCAACAAACUGCCGCAUUUACAGAGCAGGAUGGGGCCUGAGAACAUGUGGGCCAUAAUUGCAGUUAUGGUGCUUUUCUCUGACGGCGUCAGGGAUAUCCGAAACUUGAUGGUGUGUCUGCAGAGACCCUGCUCCAACCUCUCUGUUGUGGAUGUGACCGAGAGGCUUUACUGCAUUGCCACUUUGCUGUAUGCGAUGAGGGACAGGAACAUUGCCAUCACUAACAGGAUCCAUUACAAUAUUUUCUACUGCCUCUAUCUGAUGGAGAAUGCUUCCAUAACUACGCAGACAGUGGAAGAGGAAACACCGGCAUCGCGCUACAGACAAGACUUAUGGGCCAGCAGCUGCCCCGAAGUAAAGCUGACCCAUGAGCAGAAAAGGAUUUUGAAUCACAAAAUUGAGCGUGGUCAAAUAGUGAAAAUUAUGGCAUUUGCAGGUACAGGAAAGACCUCAACCUUGCUCAAGUAUGCAGAGAAGUUUGCUGAUAUGAACUUCCUUUACGUGGCAUUUAACAAAGCUGUUGUAGAGAAAGGGAAAAGCGUCUUCCCCAGAAAUGUGAUGUGCAAGACUUUCCAUUCGUUAGCAUUUGGCAGUGUCGGUAAACGCUAUAAAGAAAAAGGCAAGCUAAACUUCUCCAAGAUGUCAGCUUAUUCCAUCAGUUCCCUUAUCCAGAACCGUGAGGGACAGUCACUGUUCAUAAGAGGCAAAACAGUCUUGCAGACCCUUGAAAGCUUUUUUGCCUCAUCAGAUGAAGAGAUCUGUGAAGAGCACACUCCGAUUUGGUUCAAAAAUACUCACGGCGAGAGAAAACUUGUCAGUCGAGAAGAAAAGAAAAUCAUUGUGGAAGAAGCGAGAGAGAUAUGGCACAACAUGAAGAAACUGGAUGGAGACGUAGAGAAGAAAUACAAGAUGACUUGUGACGGAUAUUUGAAACUCUGGCAGCUCAGCAAGCCUCACCUCUCGGGAUAUGAUGCCAUUUUUGUUGAUGAAGCGCAGGACUGCACUCCAGCCAUCGUGGAUAUUGUGCUAUCACAGACAUGCGGCAUAAUCCUCGUAGGAGACCCUCACCAGCAGAUCUACACCUUCCGAGGUGCUGUCAAUACCCUCUACUCAGUGCUUCACACCCAUGUUUACUACCUCACCCAGAGUUUCAGAUUUGGACCUGAAAUAGCUUAUGUUGGAGCAACCAUUCUGGAUGUCUGCAAGAGGAUCAGGAAUAAGACAUUAGUGGGUGGAAACCAGAAGGGUGAUGUGAGAGGCACCAUCGGAGGGAAGAUAACCAUGUUAUCACGAAGCAAUUUUAACGUGUUUGAGGAUGCCGUGAAGCUUACUGGGAGAGAGAGACCGAUUAAAAUACACGUAAUUGGGGGGCUUGCCCGUUUUGGCCUGAGCAAAAUUUAUGACAUUUGGAAACUCAGUCAACCUGCGGAUGAACGGAAAAAAGCAAACCUCGUUAUAAACGAUUCCUUCAUCAAAAAAUGGGAAGAAACUCAGGGCUUCCUCGGUUUAAGGGAAUACGCAGAGCGCAUCGAUGAUAAAGACCUGGAAGCGAAGAUUGCGAUAGUGGAGAAAUACAAAGAGCGCAUCCCUGAGCUGGUGCAGAAGAUUGAGCGCAGCCACGUGUCACAAGAAGCCGUAGCAGAUUAUCUAAUAGGUACCGUCCAUCAAGCCAAAGGCCUGGAGUUUGACACGGUGCUGAUUGGAGAUGACUUUGUGAAUGUACCAUGUCUUGGUGGCAAUCAGAGAAGAAUCAACUUCAGUGUCGGAAUGUAUCCCGAGGAUGAAUGGAACCUGCUCUACGUUGCAGUGACACGAGCAAAGAAGCAUUUGCUAAUGUCGAAGUCCUUGGAACACCUUCUAGCAUUGGCUGGGGAGUGUUUCCUUCGGGUGGAGCUGAUGAGUGAGGCUGCGAAGGAUGGGGCCACCGUUGUUUGUUCUGUGCCACAGUGUACGGGAACAGCGCAGUCCCAGCUGGUUGUGAAGAAGCUGCCUUUGACUCACAGCAACGGCAGCCGGGAUGUGGGUGGCUACCUUUGCCACACUUGCACGCAGAAGCACUUUGGCUCUUUGACACCGCUCACCUUUAUCCCAGCCCUCUAGGAACAACUCAUCCAGCUUUAACGAAGCCCUCUAGGUCCAUUCUCUGUGCCUUGGAGUCAUCCUGGGUGUGGAACAAGGCCUAUUGUCAUCUCCCAGCCCCAAAAUCAUGUGCAUAUUGGAGCAGAAUUUCAGACCAGCUCCAAGAGGAACCCUCCAGGCUUUCUGCAAGGAGGUACGAGACCUUUUCUGCAGCCCUACAUUGCCCUCCAGGAGCUGCUCAGCA